GCCCAGCUCUUCUUCUCGGAGCGUCCCGCGGCGAGGCCACAGCCGCCCUGGGCGAGGAAGUGCGAAGAUGGGCGCCCGGUCGCCGUCGGGCUUCUACGUGGGCAGGAAGCCCGCCGCGCUGCUGGCGCUGCUGCUGGCCGCCCUGCUCGUGGCGCUGCUGGCGCUGGCUGUCCUGUACCGGCGCAGCCUGCAGGAGCUGGCGGACCAAAGGCUGCGCAAGGAGGGCGCCGCAGGCCCCCCGCCGCCCUCAGCCGCCCCCUCGGGCAGCCCUCGCCCGCCCGGCCCGUGGGACCGCCUGCGCCUGCCCACCGCCCUGGCGCCCGUGCACUACUCGCUGCUGCUGUGGCCGCACGUGGCGCCGGGCCAGGCGGAGCCGCGGACCUUCUCCGGCCGGGUCGACGUGACGGUGCGCUGCCUCCAGGAGACGGCCACGGUGCUCCUGCACAGCCACCGGCUCACCUACCGCACCGCCGCCGUCUGGGGGCCCCUGGGCGCCAACGCCAGCCGCCUCCCGCUGGCCGACCUGUGGCUCGCCAAGCGCCACCAGUUCGUGGUGCUACAGCUGCGGGAGACGCUGCGCGCCGGAGCCCUCUACGACCUGCGCUUCGCCUUCGACGGCGCCCUCCGCGGCCAGGACCAGUUCCGCGGGCUGUUUCGCGUCGCCUACCAGGACCAGGGCGAAGCCCGGUGGCUGGUCGCUUCAUUGUUAGAGCCAGCAGAUGCAAGGAGUGUUUAUCCAUGCUUUGAUGAACCUGCAAUGAAGGCUACUUUUAAUAUCAGUAUCGUGCAUCAUUCAAGCUAUGUAGCACUUUCUAAUAUGCCUGCUAUAGCUGUUUCUGAAUAUAAAAAUGAGAAUGAAAGCCAGCUGAGUACAUGGAGUAACUGGACUACAUCAAUUAAUUGGACUGUUACAACUUUUAAAACAACACCAAAAAUGUCAACCUACAUCACUGCUUUUGUGGUCUGUAACUUUGAUUAUGUCAACACAACUGUGAGGGGCAAUGAGAUACGGAUUUGGGCUCAGAAAGAUUCAAUUAAGGAUGGGUGUGCUGACUAUGCCUUAAAUAUCACUGGACCAAUAUUUUCAUUUAUGGAAGACUUUUUAAAAAUUAAUUAUCCUCUUUCAAAAACAGAUCUUAUUGCACUGCCAGAUUUGGGAGCAGGUGCUAUGGAAAACUGGGGGCUAAUGACUUUCCAGGAAGAUUCUUUGCUGUAUUGCCCAAACGAUAAAUUCACUGGAUUGAAAACAAUAAUUCGCCAAAUGGUUUGCCAUGAAAUAGCACACCAGUGGUUUGGAAACCUGGUUACCAUGGAUUGGUGGAAUGACAUAUGGCUUAAUGAGGGAUUUGCCACUUACUUUGAAUAUCUGUGCUCAUACUACAUUGAACCUAGUGUGUCUGUGAACAGUAUCUUUAGCAAGAAUGUUUUGUUACCUAUGCUGGAAACAGAUGAUGAAAUGCCAGGCUGGUCUUUAUCAUACAGAGAAGAAACAGAAGACACAGAUUCAUUACAUGAACUGUUUAAUGACUACACAUAUCAGAAGGGGGCCUCUAUUGUCCGAAUGCUUUCCAGCUUUAUGAGUGAAGAAUUGUUCAUCAAAGCACUUAAUUCAUACCUGAGUGAGUUUUCCUUUGCAAAUAGCAUCCAAGAUGAUCUUUGGAUUCACAUUCAAAAGGUAAUAGAUGAACAGACUGACUUCCAGUUACCGGCACCAAUAAAAGUGAUAAUGGAUUCUUGGACCUGCCAGCAGGGCUUUCCACUCCUAACUGUAAAUCUGUCGACUGGGAAUAUCAGCCAGGAGAAGUUUUAUGAUGGAAAUGGCAAAAAUGAUACCAGUGCUUCCAAUAACACUUGGAUUAUUCCGAUUUCUUGGAUAAGAAAUGGAACUGUGCAGCCUUUAGUGUGGCUUGAUAAGAAAAGCAAAAUAUUUCCUGAAAUGAAAAUAUCAGAUUCAGAACAAGAUUGGAUUGUUUUAAAUGUAAAUAUGACUGGUUACUAUAGAGUUAACUAUGACCUAUCCAACUGGAGAAGAUUAGCCAACAUUCUUGCAAGUAACCCAAAGGCAGUUCCUGUGGUCAAUAGGUUACAGUUGCUGGACGAUGCCUUUGUACUGAAACGGUCUGGUCACACUGAAGAUGAUACUCCACUGUAUUUAACUAAAUACCUUGAAAAAGAAGAUGAAAUCUUAGUUUGGAAUGUGGUUCUGAGAAAGCUAGAAUUUACCAGUUUAUAUAAUAUUUUGAGUGGUUAUGAACUAUAUCCAGCUUUAAAGAAAUUUUUCUUAACACGGAUUUCUCCAAUAUAUCAUCAUUACGCGAAUCUCCUUCGUCAAGGUUUUGAAGUGUUAACAGCUGACUACUAUACCAAAUUUGAAAUAGAAAAGGUCUUUAGGACAGCAUGUUCGCUUGGUCUCCAUGACUGUUUAGACCUGGCUUCUGAAAUCUUCACCAAGUGGAUGGGCAGUCCCAAGCAUGAGGUUACUUUUUGUAUUAGCCCAGCCAUUUGUUGCUAUGGCAUCCAAAUGGGUAGUGACAAAGAAUGGGACUUUGCAUGGAAAAUGUACAAUAGUGGUGAUUUAAAAAUGUAUAACAAAUAUGGAGCAUUUUCUGCCCUGACAUGUACCCGUGAGCCGUGGAUACUUCAAAGAUACCUACAGUAUACCCUCAACGAGUCAAUAAUUUCAUCAGACCUGGUAACAGACGUUAUUGGUUCUGUAGCAGCAACUGAGGUUGGCUACCGAAUAGCAUUGAAUUUUUUAACAGAAAAUUGGUUGGUUUUAAGUGAAAGGCAUGGAUAUGAACCAUUAGUUCGUUUCUUAAAAGCUACACAACAUUUUAUGACCACAGACUUGCAAAUCCAAAUGUUCCAGGUUUUUCUUAACAAUACAGUUACAGAAGAAGAAAGAAUAGUUCCCAAUGACCUACUGCUGUCAGCAAAAUCUAAAAAUAAAGAAAAGAAAAAAGCAAUAGCAGAAACUAUCAUGUGGCUACAGAAAAAUACAGAUGGCUAAAAUUUGAGAACUCUUCCAAAUAUACAUUUCCCCCCUCCGUAUAUAUGGGUUGCUGGAUUCUAACACUUAAAAAGUAACAAGUUAUUCUAUAAUCAGAAAUGUCAAUUCAUGUUUCUAAGGCAGCCUUAUGAUACGUGAGUGCAAAUCAGGCAAACAUAGUUUCAAAUUGAUACUCAAAUGGAUACUUAGGACAUCGCUAUGAAAAAAGAUAUUUCAUCUCAGCAAAAUUCUUGCUUUGUGAGAACACAUGUUUAAGAGCUGAGCCUAAACAGAAGCAAAAGGAACAUCUUGACAUUGUACCAGAUGAACUGAGUUAAUCAAUUUUUAGUGCUUGAAAUCCAUGACAAGAAAGCAGAAGGAACAAAUAUAACCUCUGUUCUGUGGCUGAUUUGUUUUGUAUACAGCUAUGGGGCUUAAUAUUCAUUUUUUAAAAAAUAAGCUUAUGAAAUUGAGAUAAUGGCAGUAAUAUCUGAAUCACAUACACUGUGAGGCUACACCACAUGAUUUUGUCUUCCGAUAUGACCAAGCAGUGUUCUGAAGAAGUACCAUGCUCAUUCUUUUACACUACAGUAUUCAUCAGCUCUCUUUAAAUCAUUUUGGGGAAAAACUACAGAUUACUAGCACUCUCACUCUGUUAAGCCCAUUAAAUAGGUAAAAAGGGAGAAGACUAUUAGUGUUAUGGCAAGGUCAUUUGUUUAUGAAAUACAGAUAUAUUUAUUUGCAUAUAAGAAAGUGAAAUUGCACUGAUAAAGCCUUUGUAUUCAAAUUUAACUGGUUGCUGAGAGACAACAAAACUCUCAAUGGAGAAAAAUAGGAAAACUAAAAUAUGGAAUUGCAAUGCAGUAUUAUAAAAAUAGUUAUAAACCAGGAAAAUUCCGUAGAUAUCUGGUGUGGCAUAUAUAAGAAACUGGAGUCCCCUUUGUGCUUUUUCCAGAUUUCCUUUCUAUCACUACUAUCAUAAGGCAUGAAGGAAACUUUUGGGCAGAAGUUUACAAACCUCAUUAACACAGGACAAUUAAAGUAGCUGCAGUAAGCCCAUUGUCUCCCUUGAUAUUGCAAGCUAGAAGUGAGGAAAAAAGAUGGUGUGCAUUGAUUUUGUUACCUUUUGCCCUUUAGAACAAGUUGCAGCAAAUUUGUGAUACUUGAGAUUCAUGCCAGGUAAAGGUUACCAAUCAUUUGGGGUGGGGGUGGGGAAGGGCCAAGGGAAGAUUGAUUUAGCACCAUCACCUCAAUUGAAAUAUAUUGCCGAAGAAUUUUAUUCAGCGUCUGACUGGCUGCUUUGUGAGCAGCCUUUUGUACAAAACCACUUACCCUUACCUAGCUUGUAUGUGACCACUUUCCCUUUCUUGUGUUUAUAUAAUGUUAUCUUUUUAAUUAAUAAGUGUUCUGUAAUUGAAAUAGCCAAAAUGUGUAAAUAUUGACCAAAGUAAUUUUGAUAAGAAAAUAUGUUUCUAAUAUUUUU